CUCCUCCGCAGUCCCUCCUGCAGCGUCUCUGCUCCGGCCCUCGCCUCCUCCUGCUCUCCCUGGGGCUCAGCCUCCUGCUGCUGGUGGUUGUCUGUGUGAUCGGAUCCCAAAAUUCCAAAUUUCAGAGGGACCUGGUGACCCUGAGAACAGAUUUUAGCAACUUCACCUCAAACACUGUGGCUGAGAUCCAGGCACUGACUUCCCAGGGCAGCAGCGUGGAAGAAAUGAUAGCGUCUCUGAAGGCUGAGGUGGAGGUUAUCAAGCAGGAACAACAGGCAGUUCAUUCUGAAAUGCUCCUGCGAGUCCAGCGGCUGAUGCAAGACCUGAAUAAACUGACCUGCCAGGUGGCUACUCUCAAGAACAAUGCCUCUACUGAAAGCACCUGCUGCCCCAUCAACUGGGUGGAGCACCAAGACAGCUGCUACUGGUUCUCUCGCUCUGGGAUGCCCUGGGCCGAGGCUGAGAAGCACUGCCAGCUGGAGAACGCCCACCUGGUGGUCAUCAACUCCAGGGAGGAGCAGAAUUUUGUCCAGGAACAUCUAAACUUCGCAUACACCUGGAUGGGCCUCAGUGACCGUGAAGGAGUCUGGAAGUGGGUGGAUGGAACAGACUAUGAGGCCGGCUUCCAGAACUGGAAGCCAGGCCAGCCAGACGACUGGCAGGGGCACGGGCUGGGCGGAGGCGAGGACUGUGCCCACUUCCACCCAGACGGCAGGUGGAAUGACGACGUCUGCCAGAAGCCCUAUUACUGGGUCUGCGAGGCUGGUCUGACCCAGGCCAGCCAGGAGAGUCACUGAGCUGCCUUUGGUGGGACCACCUGGCCGCAGAAAUGGCGGUGGGGAGGAGGACUCUACCCAGGACCUCCUCUCAAGACCGCUCUGGCAGAGGAAUAAGCCCUGGGAGAUUGGGAGCACUGCCAACAUUUUGAAUUUUUUUUCUCCUUAACUUUAAAAAGACGGUAUAGAGUUCUUAAGCCUUUAUUUUUUUUUUCCAACUUUUGAAAGUCAACUUCAUGAAGGUAUAAUUUUUACAUAAUAAAAAUGCACUCAUUUAAAGAGUAGAGAUGACUUUGACAAAUAUGCAUGCCUAGGUGACUACCACUCCGAUCGCAAUAGAUAACACUGCCAUCGCCCCCACCCUCAUGCCUCUAGCCAGUCCAACCACUUCCCUGUUUCCAGGCAACUAGUGGUCUACUUUUUUCCCACUAUUAACUGGCCUUGCUUCUUCUAGAGCUUCUAGAACUUCAUGUAAAUGAAAUCAUACACUCUUGUGUAUCUACUUCCUGUAAGUGAAUAUAUAUUCUCGUGAGAACUUA